AGUCCCUGUCUUGUUAUUCUGUGCGUGGUGGUGGCUCUUCAUUUCGGCUUCUAGCGAUGCGUUUGUUCGUUAACACAACAUAACGAAGCACACGCGAACAUUACACAACUUUUAACACGAACUUGUGCACAUACAUGUCUAGUUGUGGGAGAGUUGAGAUGGCAAAAGGUAAGUAACGAAAUUUAUGGGUAGUAAAGUCGAGACAGGGCUGUUUUGAAGUAACGUUAGCUAGAUGACGACGUUACUCCUUAGCAAGCUGCGUCCCUCAUUUGACUAUCAGCUAGCUAGUUAUCAUAAGCGUUGGAUAUACUGUGGAUAUGGUAGGCUAUUAAGGUCCACUUAGCUAACCUCCUGACAUGUUUGCUUUCAAAGGGAAGAAAAACAGACCCGAGGAAACCCGUCAGGUCAAAAAGAAGACAAAGGAAAAUAAACCAGAAAUGAAUCGGGUAACUUAUUAUUAAAUGUGUUGGAAAUAUAGCACUAAUACAGGCAAUUGGUUAUCAAUACUUUUCAGUUGUUAGCUAGCUAAAUUAUACAAGUGCGUGUUGCAUCCAUUCACUUAUUUUAAAAAAAACAAUGUGUUGCAGGACGCAGGUAAUUGUCAGCCCACUAUAAAAAGUAUUUGGAGUCCUGGCAAACCCAGAUCUCCUCUGUGUGACUACUCAAGUUCUGUCAUCCAAGAGGAAAAUGUGCCUGAGAAAUGUACUCAAACUGAGACAUCAAAGAAAGUGAAAGGUAACCCACCAUUUGUCCUCCAACCACCAUCAUUAAUGACAAUGUUAAAAUCUCUUACUUGGACUUCUACCUGCUCUUUUUCGUCAUCAUACAAUAUUGGUCUGAAUAAGACCUUGGCGACCCACCAGAUGUUGCUAUGCGAUGCUUGCACUCAUAUGUAUUUUUUACCUCUAAUUUCGUUGAGUCAGGAGAUCGGAGUUAAGUGACCCCCAGAAUAAUUUCCUGUGUGAAUGGCAGUAGUGUCCACUGACCAAUGUCUUAUGACACCACUAAUUGUUUAUUUAGGCAUUCAUUACAUUCCCCUCCUGAAGCCUUAUGUUUUGCUUAUACAACAAAGUCUGAUGUACACUGUGCUUCUUUCCAAACUAUUCUAUUCAGGGAGACUGAAUAAAGUGAGGACCUGCCUGGCUCUGGUACCCAGAGAGACAACUACCCUGCAUGUCCAGGAGGAGGAUCCACAAUCACACCCCAACCCAACUGCACCAGAUGAUGUCACCAAGCCCAAAACUGAGAGGGGGGCUAGUAAAAAAGUCAAAGUAAAAAAGUAAGUCAUGUUGACAAACAUGUCAGUAAAAUAUUUGUUCAAAUGGAGCACAGUAUUUCUUUGUCAGGCCAGCACUUCAUGACCAGAUCAUCUGACCAUUGGAAUAUUAGCUUGUUUCGCACUGGAAUACUGUAUUCUCUUUUCAUCCAGAGCAGAAAGCAAUGCUGCCCAAAACAGGAAGGUCACCGAUUAUUAUCCUAUUAGACGGAGUUCCAGAAAAAGCAAAGCUGAAUUGAAGGUCAGUUUAUAAUGCCAGAGUGAAUUGUGCUUGAAGAUCAACCAUGCCAUUCAAGAACAAGUAAAAAAACAUGUUCUUGCUCAGACUUUAAUGUGUGGAUGGUUUGGGAUUUUAGCAAUGAAGGCCUUUAUCCCUGAACUAUCCCUUUAACCCACAGUUUCCACUAUCUGUGGAUUGCAUUGGAUUAUGCCAACUUCGUCAUCCGGGCUAGGAUGCUAAUGUUUAUUUACUCAUUAAACACCACACUCUCUGCCAACAGAAUGAAGAACACGGACACCUUGAUUACCUGAUAAAAAAUGGAGUUGAAGAAGGACUGCAGGUUAGUUUAGAAAUUAAAGUAACAUUGUACUGAAAUGGAUCAUCUUAACCUGGCAUUUGAUUUGACCUGUACUUGAACCCAAUAGGUCAAACAUAUAGAGGGUAAGGGAAGAGGAGUGUUUGCCGUCAGACGUUUCAAGAAGGGGCAGUUUGUAAUUGAGUAUCAUGGAGACUUGUUGCAUCUGGCUGAUGCCAAGGAGAGAGAGGCUCUGUAUGCCCAAGACCCCGGGACUGGCUGCUACAUGUACUAUUUCCAGUAUCUCAGCAAAACAUACUGGUAAGGUAUCUACUCAAACUUCAUUUUAAUGUGUAUUAAGUAACUGACUUAUGCAUUGCCACAACUUUGAUGUUGUCAGCUAGCUCAUGGAUGUUUUCAAACCUUUAAUUUCCUCUUUACAGUGUGGAUGCUACAAAAGAAUCAACUCGCCUGGGAAGGCUGCUAAACCACAGUAAAAAUGGCAACUGCCAGACCAAACUCCAUGACAUAGAUGGAAUACCUCAUCUCAUACUGGUAGCUUCCAGGGACAUUGAGGCAAAGGAAGAGCUGCUUUAUGACUACGGUGACCGCAGCAAGGAAUCCAUCUCGGCUCACCCUUGGCUCAAAUACUGAUGUGCUGUUUUUACACUAGCAGAGUAUUCUCUCAAGGGAAUUACUAGGUGCAUUUGAUUCAGCUUCUCUUUUUUUAACCAUUCCAUUGGCCCUAAGCUGCAAACUCGGGAUUCCAGGUGAGACAAAUGAAGUCUGUUUGGCUUUAAUCUGCUUUUUCAAGCAAUGUAUUUGGGCAAAACUGUGGCAGUAUGAACAAUGGAGGACAACCUUCGAGAUGACACAUAGGUCAAUUUGUUAAAACUGUAUAUCAAUUUUUUGCUGGAUUUGGGGGUAGUUUUUAUACAUAUUUAGGCCUGUGCUUCCAUGAAGAUAUUAAAAAUAUUUUGUAACAUAAGCUAUUGUUUUUAUAAUGCUGCUUUUUAUAUUAGUGAUAAUGUUAGGUAUGGUUCUAGUUGAAGCAACAAUUUUCAUAUGAUCAUCAAUGCUCUUCAGGCUUCGGGGACACCAGCUUAUACUUGAUUUAAAAUGUAGGUAUUUGUUUUGCAAUGGGUGAAAUCCUAAUGAAUUUUGAACAAUUUACAAUGUAAGGUGCUCUGAGAGUAAAUGAAAUGUGUACAUAGACAAAUAAAUCUGUUCAGAAAUCUGGCUAGCAUGGAAGCUCAUUUUGCAAUGCAUAGAAAAGCUAGUUUGGCCUUUGACAAUAUACCAAUGAAUAUUACCAAAGACAUGUAACAGUCCAGCAUCCUCCCUGUAGGUCAGUGUAUUUCAAAAUGUGCAACAAAGUGAUUUUGUAAUUCUAAACUGCUUUCUUUACAGCUGCUCUAUUCUUAUUUGAAAGGUUAAAAUGGUCGACUUUAAAAGCCCUCGUGUGAACUAGCGUGAAAUAGUUAUGCUCAGUCACUCAGAGCAAAACAUUUCCUGAAAGUGCAUAAAAAUUUACAAGAGACAAUUUUAGUAACACUUUUAUAUAGUCUCUUUUACCUGUGUAGUUGCAAAUGUAAUUGUUGUACUUUAUCUAAUCCACAAUAAAUCAUUUUGGGAGGGAUUCAUUACCAUGAUCUGUGCUACUCAACCCAGCGUUUAAAGCCAUAGACAUUUUCAAUUGAAAUGACAUACACCCUCUGUUACAGUUCCUUUGUUUACAAAGUUUGAGGAAACAUUUAGUUGUGAGUCUCUGCCAGUGAUGUAUAUUUACAUUUACAUUUUAGUC